CCGGAAAGUUUAUUUUUUUUUUUCGUCUUCACGAUAUAUAUAUAAAAUGUCCACAUCAAAUUCAUCAUCAGCAAUGACUAGUCAAGCGAAUGUUAGUACUAUUCGUACAUUGGCAUUAGAAUUUAAAAGUUUACAAGAAGAACCAGUAGAAGGAUUUCGUGUUAAAUUAUUAAAUGAAGAUAAUCUUUUCGAAUGGGAAGUGGCCAUAUUUGGACCACCUGAUACACUUUAUCAAGGUGGUUAUUUUAAAGCCCGUGUUGCAUUUCCACCGGAUUAUCCAUAUAAUCCACCAUCAUUGAAAUUUUUAACCAAAGUAUGGCAUCCUAAUGUAUAUGAAAAUGGUGAUCUCUGCAUUUCGAUAUUACAUCCACCGGUUGAUGAUCCACAAAGUGGUGAAUUACCAUGUGAACGAUGGAAUCCAACACAGAAUGUUAGAACAAUAUUGUUAAGUGUAAUAUCAUUGUUAAAUGAACCAAAUACAUCAUCGCCAGCUAAUGUUGAUGCAUCGGUUAUGUAUCGUAAAUGGAAAGAUUCAAAAGGAAAAGAUAAAGAAUAUGAAAAUAUUAUCAAAAAACAAGUUGCAGCAAGUAAAUUGGAAGCAGAAAAAGAUGAUGUUAUUGUGCCUACAACAUUGGAAGAAUAUUGUAUUAAACAUAAACAUAGGCCAGAUUUAGAUAUGGAUAUAGCUGAUUAUUAUGUUGAUGAAGAUUAUGAUGAUGAUGAUGAUGAUGAUUAUGAUGUUGAUGAUGAUAAUGAUGAAGAAUAUUGUGAUGAAGAAAAAGAUGAUGAUGAUAGUGGUAAUGGUGAAUCAUAAAAACAAAACAAAAAAAAAAUUUUGUCUCCAGAAAAACCAGAAACAUUUUAGACAUGUAAACAAAUCAGCUGAUGAUGAUGAAAAUUCUUUCUCAAUAAUGUAAAUUAUUCUUUUUUUCUCUCUCACACACACACACACUCUU